AUGGACCUUCGUGUCAAGCCACAGAUCGUAGACAAGAUGGUGAUAGCCAACUUCCUGGUUUCUGCGCCACUGGACAUCCAGACCUUGGUCAUGGAGAGUGGCGUGCAGAGCUACAGAGAGCUGAAGGCGCUUCUCAGCCAUCCCAAGCACAGCAUGCCGUGGGGGCAGAAAGAUCCUCCAGAGACCAUUUCUGUAGACACUGAUCUGGAGAUUCUGGGAUAUGAGGACAACUUGAUGGAAGUCCAAGAAGAGGCCAUUUUUGGAAAUGGUGAGUUAGAGAACAAGAGAGCUGAGAGAGACCUGGAAGACAGCCUGAUGGAGAUCCAAAAAACUAGAGAGCUGGAGAAUCAGAAUUCCAAGGAAGACGACUUGAUGGCAGAAAAGGACGAGAUCGUUUCAGUUAACGCUGAGCUGGAGAAUCGGAGAUUGGAGGCAGAGCUGCAGACCAAUUUAAGGGAAUGCCUCAUGCUGAGCCGUCCUGCCCUGAUGCGUGUCAUCUCAGCUGCGUGCAUCGCCGUGAGCGUCUCUGUGAUCGGAGGGACUGCGGUCUUCUUUGCGAUGUGGCGACUGGUCCAAGCUGAGGAAAGGCAGAGACUUGCCUUGCUCUGUAAGAACAUCAAGGCACCAGUAUCAGCAGAUGAAGACGGGGCCUUAGACGACGAGAACCAGGAUGAAUCCACUCAGCUCCUCCCGGAGAUGGAGACAGAGCUGGAGAAGUUCAUCCUCUCAGAGGUUGCCAAGGUGCAGGACCCCAAGCCUGAGGUGGUGUUUCUGCUGGCCUCACAAGAAUCUAAGUUGGUCUACAUGCCUGGCGAUGUGUCCUUGCCGGUCCAGGAUUCCCAGGCAGAAAUGAUUCGUCCGCUGUCUGAUCGCUGGCUGCUCCGGCCCAUGGCGGCGGCCACGCAGAAGGACCUGCCCCAGGUAAAGGCUGCGGCCUCGGCCCCCCUCUGCCCUUACCUGUUCUCCCAGUCCUCCUCGCCUCAGGGUGCUGUGACCUUUGAGGACGUGGCCGUGGACUUCUCCCAGGAGGAGUGGGGGCUGCUUGAUGAGGCCCAGAAGCUGCUGUUUUGCAACGUGAUGCUGGAGAACUUUGCCAUCGUAGCCUCCCUGGGUCCUGGGGACGCAGCACAGGGUGAAGAGGAACCUUGGAUGCAGAGUGCUUCUGCAGAAGGCGCGUCCGAGAUCAGGACCUCGCAGGCAGAUUCAUCCACCUGCAGCUCUCAUCCCUGGGAGAGCGUCCACACUGGAGAGGGGUAUUAUGAGGCUGAAACGUACGGGACAGACGUCAGCUACAAGUACAGACGUGUUCAGUAUCCGAGGCUUCACCCUGGAGCAAGGCCUUUUGAGUGUAGUGAGUGUGGAAAGUCCUUUCGGUACAGAUGUCUGCUCGUCUACCAUCAGAGAGUUCACACCGGAGAGAGACCGUACAAGUGUGAAGAGUGUGAGAAAUCCUUCAGAGAUUCAUCAACCUUCAUUCAGCACCGGAAGAUCCACAGUGGAGAGAGGCCGUACGAGUGCAGCGAAUGUGGCAAGGUCUUUACCCAGGGCUCCAACCUUAAGAAGCACCAGAGAAGCCACGCAGGGGGGAGGCCUUACAAGUGCAGGGAGUGUGGGACCUUCUCCAGCUACUGUGCUUACCUCAGCAAACACAAGACGCUUCACUCCGGGACCCUGCUCUACGAGUGCUGUGAGUGCGGAAAAUCCUUCACGCGGGGCACCAGCCUCCUUCAGCACCAGAGGAUUCAUGCCGCAGCCAGUGCAUACGACUGUGGCGAGUGUGGAAAGUCCUUCAGAUACAAAUGCCUGCUUGUCUACCACCAGAGGAUUCACACGGGGGAAAGGCCCUACCAGUGUGUGGAGUGUGCCAAGUCCUUCCGCAACCGCUCCGUCCUCACGCAGCACUGGAGAGUUCACACCGGGGAACGGCGCUACCGGUGCCGGCUGUGUGGGCAGUCGUUCAGCCACUGCAAAGCCUUCGUAAGUCACCAGAGGGAGCACCUUGGAAAGGGGCCGUAG